GUCCCGCUGGUGGUCCGCCAUUUUGUCCAGCUGUCAAAGUUCCCGCCAUGUCGGCCGCUUGCCGCGUCUCGUUGCUACUCCUGCUCGCCCUCCUCACCAUGGACUUCUGCUACUCGGCUUCGUUACGAGGCUAUGACCAACGGAUGAACGAUGACAUCAUCGGGACACCGAAGAAAAGACCAUUUUGCAACGCGUUCACAGGAUGUGGCAGGAAGCGAUCUUCACCCACCAGGCCAAUUCCAGAGCUGGUGCGGCAGAGACAGUACGUCGACGAAGACGGGUUCGCACCCCUGAUGGAAAGUGACAACGCGAUCGAGGACCUCUCCCGGCAAAUUCUCUCCGAAGCGAAGCUGUGGGAAGCGAUACAAGAAGCGAGCGCGGACAUCGCUAGAAGGAAGCAAAGAGAAGCCUUCCGGAAGUAACACUGUCGAAUUAAAAAAACCCGUUCUAGACCAUUUCUGAUCAGUAUAACUGAUAUUAAAUAUCAGUUACUUAAAGAUAAAGAUUUAUAUUGUAGACUAGUGAACGCUCGCGAAUUUGUUUGCGUGAUUUUUUUGUAUAUAAAUCUUGUGGGAACCGUGCAUUGUCUUCUUCUUCAUCGCAGUAGUCCCUUCGAUGCAUUGUUUACAAUUCUCCUCCACACAGUCCGGUCCUCAGCUUUUCUAAUGGCUGUUGUUACAGGGAGGAGUGAGUGACUUAACCUGGUCAAGCGGGUAGGUGAUCGGCCGCGUGGUCGUUUCCCCUCCACGUUGCCCACCAUUAGCUUACCCAGGUUAUCGGGAAGGCGACGGGCUGUGUGGCCAAAGUAACUCAAAAUCCUCUGGUAACUUGGAAUAGUCUCUACGUUAUCUAAUAACCUCCUCUAUCUAAAGAGGAGAGGAGAGGAGAGGAGGAGAGGCAGAGGUCCACAAUUUUUUUUUCAUAGAUCACUUUCAAAUGUAACUGGUUCUGGCGGACCCCCUGCUAAAUUUCUAUUCAAAACUCGACAAUAAAAGUGAAUUUUUGUUGCAACUGAAUCAACAGCCACCACGAAUUAAAAAAAUAGUGAGCAUUGAUUUGUUAAUAUUAGAAAGACGGACGGGGGUCUUUUGACCGAUCUUGAAUGAAAUGAAUUUAAAAACUAUUUGUUUUUAUGCUCCAUCUUGUCGUGACUUUUAACAAAAUAGUUCAUAUUUCAAUAUUCCAUUCCUUUUUAUUAUUUCAUUCAUUCCAUUAUAUUAUUGUAAUAUCAUUGUGUUAUAAUAAAUUAACAUUUACCGGCUCCCAGCCAUAUGACCACGCGGUAUUUAAUGAUACAAAUUAAAUCCAAAUUCCCGCUUUCGAAUCGUGAACCCCCAUUUUUAUUCUACGUCAACGUAGACCCCCGCCGAGUCUUCCGUAGAUCCCUGGGGGUCCACCUAGACCACUUUGGGAAUCGAUGUUCCAAAGUCUCGUCAAAAUCGGUUCCGCAUCUUCAAUUUUAUAUUUUUGACUUAAGACUCAAUCUGCCUGCACCGCUUUGUUGAAAAUCACUAGUCAAGUAGCUUAGCAAGUUCGUUAGUGACACUCCCAUGAUAUGCGGGCGACGGGGGAAGGACUGUGCGGGUAUGAAGUUGAACACAAAAAUGUGUUUUGCCGCAAUAUAUGUAGGCAACUUAUUUGCAAUGUGACACUGUGAACAUUAUAUAUGAUUUAUUUUGUCUCUAAUACCGGAUGCUGGAUAGACAUAUAGGUACAUAAGCCAAUCUAGGCGUUUUGAAACGUUAGAUUUGAUUGUUUUGUAAAGAUUUUACUGCCGGUUUUUUAAGAAAUUACUGAGUUUCUUACUCAACAGUUGAUCUUUUGAAAUUAUUACAAUUAACAAUAAACUGGCGCAAUAUAAGAAUUUCUGGUUAAAAUCUUAGAUAAAUAAUAUAAAUCUUUAUCUAUACCAAGAAAACAUACCAUAAUAUUGAUUUUGAAUAUUGAAACACUUGAAAAAAUUAAAAAAAAUCUAAUAUUAACCUUAAAUUUAUGACAAAUGUUGCAAAUUGAUUUCGUGAAGACAACAGCCGCUUAGAAUUUUAUUUUUAACACAUUGACCAAUUGAUCUCAAAAACAUAAAUUUCAAAUCCAUUUAUUAUUAUUUUUCUGUAAAAUUGUUUACAUGCACACAGGUCAUUCAAAAAAUAUAUAUUUGUUAUAAAUUAUAAUUACAGAUUAUUUAGUAAAUUAAAUAGAUUUUUCUGCUUUUUUGUCUAAUUAAUGAAAAAAAUAUUUUUAUAGGUUAAAACUAAUGUUAUUCAUAAUUAUUAUGGAAAAUUAUACGCUGAUUAUGAAUUUUUAUUAAUAUUUAAUGGAAUUUGAUAAUAAUUUAAAUACCUAGGAGGUGACAAUUAUAUAUUGAAAAUUGUAUAUAUUUUUUUAAUUAUAAGCUAGGUUAUUGUUUUAAUAGCAAUUCGAUAAUCAAAACAUAUUGUUAUUAUAAUUAUUUUAAUGAAGAAUCAGUAAAUUAGUUUUGAAUCGUUAAUUUAAAAAUAAAUAACGCAUUAAAAAACAGAAACAUCUAAUAAUGAUUGAUUUAUUUUGAUAUUCUCAAAAAGCCGACGAAAGUAAAGUGAGUUUGAAGAUACUCAAAAAGUUUGUAAUUGCAAUAGAGAAAAGUGUGAUUCGAAUAAGCUCAGACUUUUUUGUAUUCUUUAUUAUUUACUAUGCUUUCAUACUCACAACUAUAUUUUUUAUUUACUCAGCUAAAAUCAGAAAUUUUAGUUACUACAAAGACCAAUAAAAUGUCUGGAAAACGUAGCGGCAAAAAACGUGCUAGCAUUUUCCAUCGGAUCUAACUGACGUUGUUAGUUUUUCGCUGAGAAUGGCAGAAUAAAUUUAAUCAAAUAAAAUAAUCUUUAAACUUUAAUUAAACAUAUUUUUUAUUGACAAUUUGUUUUAUACACAGCAUGCCAGCAAGGACUCUCCGGAUGCUGUAUAUUAUCUUAUUAAGUCAACCAUUGACGGUCUUUUGACCAUUGGUCCUUGACCAUUCUCACGUAUCUGCAGCGCUAACGGCAGCGACCAAUGCACGAUCAGUUAUAGUCGUGGGUGCUGCAGAAACGUGAGAAUAAUUGAUCGUCAAUGGCGUGCAUUAUAGACAAAAAUAACAUACCACUUGGUAAUGAUAAAUGACACGUUUAUUGUUUAGUCAUUUAGUUUCUUUUAGUGGUUAA